AGCUCUCCUCCUCAGAGCAACGCCUUCACACUCCUGAAGAGACUGAAGCAGCCAACCUUAACUAAGAGCUACGAAGAAACAGAGACAUGGCUUCUCGAGUUGCAGUUCUCCUCUUGCUGGGCGUCAUCUGUGUUGGGCUUGCAUCAGCUGAGAUUGUGGUGGACUGCUGUCUGAAGGUUGCUGAGAAGCCGUUGCCGCUCACAAUCAUCCAAAGCUACACCAUCCAGGAAGGUGGAAACGGAUGUGAAAUCAGCGCUACUGCGUUCAUUACAAAGGUUGGAAGGAUACUGUGCGUCUCCCACCCCCGUGAUAAAGCGUGGGUGAGAAGUCACAUCAAACAUCUGGAUCAUAAAAGAGCUCAGUAAAAAUCAGGUAUAAAGAGGAGAGGACUCUGGGAAAAGAUGGCUGAAGAACAAGGGGGGCCGACUCUAAACUGAGAGCUACAGACUCAGAAUCAGAAUCACUUCCAUUCCUGUUCAGAGUCUCAGAAUGGUCACACUGUGCUGUAGAAAAUAAACUGAGAAAAUCUAGCUCUGUAAGAUCAUUGGGGAAUCAAUGUUUCUUAUUUAUGAUGCUGAAAAAAAUGUUUCUUCUCAUUUGUGGCUCUUCUCUUUCCCUUUUAUUAUCCUGCGGGUAAAAUGUACUAUAGAAAUAGAAAGAUUUGCCUUGACUUGCCUAAAGGGUAGAGCCUUACAGUGAUAUCCUUCUGUUUUUUUUAAGCAUAAGACUAAUGUGCUUGUGAAAUACUUCACUAAAUGUUUGACAAUCUAUGUUUAUCUUUUAUGAUUAUGUUGUAAAAUUUCAGAGUGUUUACAGUUUGCCAUUUUCUUGUAUAUUUGUACAAAAUGUUGAGAUGAUUUGUGUGUGUUGAAACUAUUGUUGAGUUAUUCUAAAAUAAAGUGAUAUUUUUGUAA